AUGCUUGACAAGAAUGUGCCAAAGGCGAAGCUUGGUCCUUCACCAAAAGCAACAUCGUUCUUUAUUGAAAAUUUGUUGGGUACUUCAGUCGAAAAGCGCGAGGGGCGUUCGGAGAGCGCCGGGCACAAGUGUGUGGAAAGCAGCAGAGACAUCCUGGAGGACACAAAAACUCUGGAUGAACGGGGACUCCACGAGACUUCACCCAGCGCACGCGGGAGUGAAAUAAGUCCUCCAUACCAGGAUAGCGAGGAUGGGGACGGGGGAAGUCCAAGUACGGGCCACACGGAGGACAGCGACAGUCCAGAAGAGAAAGGAGAGCGAGAGGACGGAGAGGAAGAGGAGAGAACAGGUGGUGAAAAGUUGGCGAGGAAGAAGAAGACACGUACAGUCUUUAGCCGUAGCCAGGUGUUCCAGCUGGAGUCGACCUUUGACCUGAAACGGUACCUGAGCAGCGCAGAGCGGGCCGGACUCGCCGCCACACUGCAGCUCACAGAGACACAGGUCAAGAUCUGGUUCCAAAACCGAAGGAACAAGUGGAAGAGACAGAUGGCAGCUGACAUGGAGGCCAGUGCCACAGUGCCCUUCUCCACUCAGAGAAUCGUCAGAGUCCCUGUGCUGUACCAUGACAACAGCCCCACACUGUCAGCAGGACUGGCCUUCCCCAGCUCCCUCCACUACCCCCUGAGCAGCCCCUUCACAUCCCCAGUGUCCUACAUCUCACCACAGACUGGCCUUGUCUGA